AUGCAAAUGAGAAGGUGUUUUCUACAUCCUCAAUAAGAAAUGAAAUUUAUUGUACUAAAUCAUCAAUGUUAACAUUUCACUCGUUUAGUUUGCUCUUAAUGUUUAGAUGAAUUUUAAUUAGAUUAUUAAAGACAUGGAAUUCAAGAAUUAUCUAAGGUAUUUAUAAAAUAUUUUAAUUAGAUUGAAUAAUAAUUGUGUAAAAUAUUCUUUCCUUUAAUCAAAGAUGAAAAUGUAAAAUAAAUGAUAUUUGAUUUCUAUCAAACUGAAUUCUUCACUAUUUCAGAUUAAUAUCAAAAAUUGAGAGAAAUCUGUAAGAAUACUAUAGAUCUAAUAUAGAAUUUGGUUAAUAAAUUAGAUGUAUUGAUUUAAUAAGUCAAACUCAAAUAAAUAGUAUUUGUUUAACAAGUAUAAAUAUUUUAUAUUUAUAUAUAUAGACCUUUCAAUUUCAUAAAAUAAAAGAUCUCUUUACUGAUUUAAAUUAAGUUAAAUCAAAAGAUAUUUAAUCUAUAAUGUAAUAAAAAGUGACUGAUUAUUUCAGAUACAUUAGAAAAUUAACACCAGAAUAAGUUCAUAUAUAGAUUCAAUAAUAAAAAUAAGAAAAUUCAUCAGAUAUAGAAUCCCUUUAAGUAGAUGAUAUGAUUACAUCUUAUUAAGCAAUUAUUACAGCAAUGAGAGAUUUAGAAUUAAGAAAGGUUUCUAAAAUACCAAAACCUAUUCAUCAAUNUAAAUGAAAUAUGUUAUUGAUGGUCCAAAUUAAAGAACACUUAUUCAAUCAAAUGAAUAAAAUCCAACUGCUUAUUUCAGUGAAAUUGGAAAGUAUAUCCAAUAACUCAAAGAUUCCAAGAAAGGUUUAUUGUUUGUUGCUGACACUUUCAUUUAUGGAGCCUUUGGUGAAAAUAAUUUCAAUGUAGAAGAGUUGAGUAAAUAAAUAGAGGAAGAAGGAUAAUAAUUGAAAAUGAAUAAGUAGAAUAAGAUUAGUGUUAAAGAUGGAAAGGUAUAAUAAAUAAAAUUAUAAAUUAAUAGAAAACUAUCUAAGUUAAUGAUGUGUUAACAUUCUCUAUCUUAGGUAAAUUCAAUAAGAAUAAAGCAACAAAGUAUCUUAAAGAGCAAGGUUUUGCUUAAUUUUGAG